AAAGAUCACCCACUAUAUGAUGCUACUUGGGAACCCUUGACUAAUCUUAAAAAUUAUAAAGACUUGGUAAAAGAGUUCGAAAAAACUGGUGAAACUGUUUUAAAUGAGGAAGAGUGUAAAGGAAUCAUCGG